AUGAGUGCCGGAAAGUGCGAAGUCUGCCUCGAGGAGAAGCCCAAGCUCGUCACCUGUGGCCGCUGCGGCAAUCGCAAGUACUGCGGUAGGCGUUCCCGAAUGGCCACGUCGCCAGAUGGCCAAGCUGACCUAACUGCAGGUGUCGGAUGUCAAAGAAAGGACUGGCCUACCCAUAAGCACUCAUGCCAGCCCAAGAAACAACCCUCCUGGAUCCUCAAGAUCACCAUCCCUGACUCCAGGGACCCCCAGAUUUGGCGCACCCUGGUUUGCCCCGAUGGCGCAACUUUCCAGGAGUUGCAUUACGCCAUUCAAAUCGCUUUCGGCUGGGCAGCGGCACACAGCUAUGACUUUGUUGCUCGUGAUCCCACCGCUGAAGAGCGUCCCGUCGAGGACAUCAUGGCUCUGAUCCAGCGUCGCAUGGCGCAAGACAGUGGUGAGCAGAGGGACUUCGGACCUCGCCAGAACUUCAUUCGCAUCGUCAAUCCCAACGACAACAAAAUGAUCGACUCGAUGCACUCUUACGACCGCAAGCAUUCUCAAACCCCAGAGAAGAAGGCGGACAAAGUCUACGUCGGCGAGCAGUUCAACAGAAAGGAGUGGAAGAAUGCUGAGUGGGAAUACAUGUACGAUUUCGGCGAUAACUGGGGUCACGAGAUUGAGAUCAUUGGACGUGGUAACGUUGAUGACAUUUUCAAGUGCACUGAUGGAAAUGGUCAUGGUAUUGCUGAGGACGCUGGAAGCAUGCCUGGUUGGGAAGAGUUAAAGAAUGCUUAUAGAGCUGCAAACCCAACCGCCGAGCAGAAGGAGAAGAUGCAUUGGUACCAGAAUUUGGCCUCCAACUUUGACCCUGAGGGCUUGAAAGGGAGAGAAAGUUAUGUCGAUCUGAGUGUCAUCAAUGCUCUGCUCCGCAGCAGCAUGGACUGCAUGGACUAG